CCCAACAAGACGCCGCCGCACCACCAGCAACCAUGAAUCACGACCCAGUCGCCUGGGGCCGGCCCCGCGACGACAUCUACGGCUCUUACAACCCCUCCUACCUCCCCCCCACCCGCCAACCCUACUCCUCCCACCCACCAUCCCACCCAACCACGCACACCCAAUCCCCCGUCGUGACCGGCACCUCCGUCCUCGCCCUCAAAUUCAGCACGGGCGUCGUCAUCGCCGCCGACAACCUCGCCUCCUACGGCUCCCUCGCCCGCUUCACCGACGUCAAGCGCCUGCGCCCGUUCAACCGCAACGCCAUUGUCGGAUUCGGGGGGGAUGUGAGUGACAUGCAGUAUAUCGACCGUCUCUUACUCAGUCUGGUUGUGCAGGAGAAUUAUGCGGGUGGGGGGGAGAGUGUGACCCUGAUGAACGCGCGAAACCUCCACACCUACCUAAGCAAAGUCCUCUACAAACGCCGCACGGACUUCAACCCGCUCUGGAACGCCCUCCUCGUCGGCGGCCUGGACGAACAUCAAAAACCCUUCCUCGCCUACGCCGACCUCCUCGGCACGACUUACUCCGCCCCCUCCCUCGCGACAGGCUUCGGCGCGCAUCUCGCCCAACCGAUCAUGCGGAAAGUCGUCCCCGAUGAAGCUGCGGCGGCGAAGUUGAGCAAAGAGGAGGCGGUCAAGACGAUCAGGGAGUGCAUGAAGGUGUUGUUCUACCGCGAUGCGAGGAGUAUGAAUGAGUAUAGUUUGGCGGUGGUGGAUGUGAGGGGGGUGGAGUUGAAGGAGGAUAAUAAGCUCGAGGCGGAGAGUUGGGCGUUUGCGGAUCAGAUCAAGGGGUAUGGGACGCAGACUGUAUAG